AUGGCAGACAACGCGCUCGACGAUGCCAAGGACAGCAGCGGCAGUGGCAGUGCACCGGCUGACCCGAGCAGCGAUGCAGCCACCGCCUCGCCGAGCGUCCACGUCGGCGGCAAGCGCAAGCUCACACGCACGGCGCUGACGCUGCGCGAGAAGGCCAUCGUCAAGAGCUUCUGCGAGCAGAAGGUGAACGACUGCAAGGCGCGCGGGGAGCUGGUGCCGUCUCAGGAGGCGCUGCGGCGGGAGGUGGCGGCGCAGUUCGGCUGGUCCUGCGGCCGCUCCACGCUGUCCAAGAUCAUCUCCAUGGACUGGAGGCUGCUGCGCAGCGGCGAGCAGGGCGGCGACGCGCCCAGGAACCCCAACAUGAAGCGCCGCCGCCGGCCGCUCUUCCCGGCGUUCGAGGCGGACCUGGUCAAGUUCAUCUCCCGUCAUGUUAAUACUGAGGCGGGUGCAGAGAGUGUUGCGGUUUCUGGAGACCCGAUGGCGCAGUCUACGGUCAAUGGAGUCGGCGGCUCGACGUCUGCGCCGGAUAAUGAUGGAGCGGC